AUGGAGGAGACUGUACAAACCUUUAAAAAAUUGCCCAUCAUCGACUUUUCUCUCCUACACCAUGAUUCUGUCAUCAAGCAAAUCCAUGAAGCUUGUCGAAACUUCGGUUUCUUUCAUGUUAUCAAUCAUGGGAUACCCGAUUCAGUAAUUGAAGAAGCUUUGAAUGUGAAUUCAAUGUUCUUUGACAUGCCAAUGGCGAUGAAGGAGGAGCUUCUGUCUGAUGAUGUACAGAAGCCAGCGAGAUUUAGCAGAGUUCAAGUUGGAUGCCAUGAAAAUGGGAUGCUUUCGAGGGACUUCCUUAAGCUCUAUGCACAUCCUCUUCAUCAUUUUCUCAGUUUAUGGCCUUCAAAUCCUCUCAAUUAUAGAGAAAAUAUGGGAAUGUAUGCUACAGAAGUCAGGAAAUUAGGCAUUGAGCUUUUUGGUGCCAUCAUGGAGAGCUUAAACUUAAGCCCAACACAAUUGAAACAAAAUUUCGAGCACGGCGCACAACUUAUCGGCAUAAAUUCCUAUCCUCCAUGCUCGGAAUCAAAUGUAAAAGCAGGCACAUCUGCGCACACGGAUCACAGCAUUAUCACCGUUCUUCUUCAAAGUUCCCCGGGCCUCCAUAUCAUGGACAGGUCGGAUGGCGCAUGGAAGAGCGUUAGCAAGAUCGAAGGGUCAUUAGAAGUCAUAGUGGGUGAUCACUUGGAGGUAAUAAGCAAUGGUUUGUACAGAAGUGUACUGCAUCGAGCCCUUCCGAGUUCAGAUAAUGUUUCUAGGUUGUCUAUAGCUGACUUUCAUAGCCUCGGAAUGGAUGAUAUAGUCGAGCCUACUACAAAGCUAGUCGAUGAAAAACAUCCGAAGAGUAGCCAUAUCUCCUUACAUCUCCCGAAUCCUGUGGCUGGCGUGCCGUUGCUUCUAUCGGGUUUCUAUGGUUCUCCUUUUUCUGAUAGAAGAAAGGAGAGUUGGCAGCUUCUUGGUUUGAUGAAUCCGAGUAGCCAUUUGCCAUGGUUGGUGUUGCCAGUGAUUAUGUCGGAUCACAACCCAUUAUUGAUUAACUGCAGCAACCAACAUGACACUGGAGACUUCCACCGGCUGAAGUUAUUUCGUUAUGAAGCGACCUGGUUUGGAAAGCAGGACUGUAAAAAAAUUGUUGAAGAUGCAUGGUCUCUCCCCCGGGUUCUGAGAUCCGAUGGUUUAAAGAAGGUCUAG